AUGAAAGCGUCCAGUCGUUUAACUGCCGUAACUCUAAUCUUGCUGACUAGCAUCAUGGUGUUGAGCUACAGCGGGAAAGAAAUAAUGGCGGCUCCCGAUGUUGCUCCUGACAGCGUUUUGAAUGUCAUCCCCCAAGACACCGUUGGAGUAAUUUACAUACCCAGCUUACUGGGAUUCAAUGACGAAAUUAACGCACUUAUGGCAGAAAUGAUUCCUACAGAUCCACCGCAAGAACUGCCCGCUAAGAUAUUAGCUGACACCUUUGGCGCAGGUUUUGAGACGCUGGAAGAAUUGGAAGAACUGGGUUUGGAUAUGCGGAGAAACUUCGCGGUGUUUCUCUCCGAUGUGAAUCCACUGAUGUAUUCCGCUGCGGUUCACAUUAAAGAUGCGGAAAGCGUUAAACAGCUAAUCGAAAUGGAAGCGGAAGGCAGUAGUUCUGUCACCCAUAACGGUGUGACGUAUUAUACUACGGGUGAAGAGGGAGCAUUUGUUCUGAUGGACGAUGUGAUGGUCUAUUCAGGUUCAGCAGCGGUCUGUGAAAAGGUCAUUGAUACUCAGAAAAAAACGAUGCCAUCAAUUGUGAACACUACCGAUUUUCAAUCGCUCGAACUUGAUACCACAUCCGGCGUAAAUGAUUUGAUCGCUUAUUUUGCAAUGGAGGCUAUCGUAGAUGCCCUCCACCCCACGCUGACUGAAAAAGCGGAGGGGUUAAAGGCAGGAAUGGGGGCAAGUGCAGAAACCGACCCAGAACUCAGUGUCGGUUUAGGGCAGGCUGAAGGCCUAAUUGACGGUGGUAUAUGGCUGUUGGAUCAGUCAAAGAUUUUAAGCCUCACCGUGCAACUCAACGGCAGCGACCUCCAGAUUUCUCCGUUCCUCAAAUUUAAGCAAGAUAGCGAAAUCCAAACGUAUAUUCGCCAAAUGCCGAGAGAACUGACACACCUCAAAUACCUGCCCCAAACUGCAUUUCUCACGUUAUUUAUCCCUUCGGAUUCAACUGCGGAUACAGCGAAGAUCGAAGAAGCAACCGAGGCACUUACUGAAGCCACGAAGGAUUUCUACGCAGGCUUGGGAGAUGAGAUCGCUCUUUCCCUCAAUUUCGGUGGAAGCCUGAUGCCUGACCUUUUAUACAUCUACGACGUGGCGGACGAAAAGCAGGUUAAAGCCUACAUGGAGAAAGAUUUCAUCGAAUAUUUGGGAGCGUCAUGGGACUGA